UCCUAAUGCAUUUUGUGUCUAAACUUUGCCUUUAUUUCCUCAUUUCUGUUUAAUUGUUAUUGUUGUUGUUGUUGUUGGUUAAUUUUGUUUUGUUUCUUAAUGACAAUUUAAAUCAAUAAAAUAAAUUAGUUUUCAGAUUGAUUUUGUUGAGAUAUGGGUUUUUUUUCUAGUAUAGAGUUUGGUUCUAGUUCAAGUUUUUUUAGAUUAGUUAAUUGGGUAUGUACCUGUUGAUCUUGCUAAGUUAUGAGAAUUCACUUUAACUCAACUUCUAGAUAUACAUGAUGCAGGAAAUUAGUGGGAGAAUUUUCCUCAAUUUGUCAUGAGAUGAUAAUAGUAGGCAAAUUGUUCUCUUAUCGUAAUUCGCUACCUAAAUUUGUUAAAUUAGCGCAAAAGUAUACCACUUGCAUGUACGGAUUCUCCUUUUACGGAUUGUAUUUAACAAGGGCUUAUCGAACUAGGUAAAUAUUUUAUGGAACAUCUCAUGAAGCCUAGUUGUUGUGGUAUCAAGGUCUCAAGGAGAUCUUUGACUCUUGAAUUAUGAUAUACACCAAGUUAGAAUAGCUCAUUAUAUUGCUUUUGCUUCUUAUCUAUUGAUUGAUUAAGGAUUAAUUGAAGAUGAAAACUUUAUUUGGCUAAAUUUUAGUUAACUUAAACAAGAGAUAGAAGAGUUGUGAGCCCCACAGAGAGUGCAGUUACGUAUGUACCAUCACCGGACUUGUGGGGAAAAAAAUUAACUAUUAUAUAUAGCCAAAUAGAGCCGAAUAAUUGGAGAUGGCCUCUUCACUAUAAUUAACUUAUUCAAAAUAAGGUUUCUAAGAGCAUAGGAGUAACAUUGAUGUCUAUCACGAAAAAAGACAUCAUCUAUCAGUUAGUGUAACACUUCUUACUUUUUCAAUCAUGACAACAUGAUUGUGGCUUUAUUGCUGGAUAUACUCAUCUAUUUAGUUGUGCAGCGAGUGGAAUUUAUCUGGAAUAAUGUUUUCCUGCACAACGAGGAAAUGAAUGAACUUCCGAGAACUAGGCUUUGAUUGACUAGCCCAGGCUCAAACGAAGCUCCAAAUGCAUAGCCUGAUUUUAGAGCCUAUUCUGUAGCGACUUUGCUUUCCACUGUUAGUGAUGGAGGUAAAGGAGAUGGACCGAGUAGUCAUAACAAAGCCGAUUGCCUCAAGGCCUAACUCUACUGACUUUAGAAUGUUCUCAGAGCUUCUUGCCUCUCCAACACCAGCUGAUACAUCCUCCAAAAUGGCAGUUCCUGCAAUCAGGCCCAAAACUGUGAGGGUUAAGUCCUCAAUCAGUCAGGCUCCACUUGCCAAAAGUUUUCAGGCCGGUGCUUCUGGAGCAGCUCCGUAUUCUUCAUCUGAUAAUAUGUCAAGAGCCCAAAAUCAAUCCACCAUCUAUAGACCACUAGCAAAGGUUGUGUCCAAGGCAACUGUUUCUCUUUUGGCCAAUAUGCAAGGAAAUUCCGACAUUGCUCAUCAACAAGCACUGUCUCAGGCUGAUGUGUCUGCACAACAGGACAAGCAUUGGUUAUUCUCUAAUCAGCAUCCAAGUAAUCUAUCCAUGGUUGAACUAUCUCAAUCAAUUGAACCCCCUACAAUCUCACAACAGAUGCUAGAUGGAGAGCCUACAAUGUUGACCUCUUCUACUGCCAGUGCUGAUCGACCCUCAUACGAUGGAUAUAACUGGAGAAAAUAUGGGCAAAAACAAGUCAAGGGUAGUGAGUAUCCUAGAAGUUACUAUAAAUGUACACAUCCAAAUUGCCUGGUGAAAAAGAAGGUUGAGAGAUCAUUAGAUGGGCAGAUAACGGAAAUUGUGUACAAAGGAGAGCAUAACCAUCCAAAGCCAGAUCAUGCCAAGCGUAGCAGCAGUUUAUCUGGAGUACAAGAAGUGGAAUUGCCCACUGCUGGUCCUGAUCAAGAUCUCAAUAGCAACGCCCACAAAUUGUGUGAUGAUAUCUGCGACAAUAAUGUAGGUUUUGAGAGACAGAUGGAAAUUCAAAAUGCGGACCCAUUUUCCAAAAAGUCUAUGCUCACUGAAGAAUUUACCCUGUCAUGUAAUGAUCAUAUCGAGUCAGAAAAACACAAUGCCGAUGACAUGAUUAUUGAGGUUUCAGCUGGACUUGGCGGGGGUUGUGAAGAAUCGGUCAAAGGAUUAAAGGUUCAUGACGAUGAUGGAACAAAAAGGAAGAGAAGGAAACAGGAAAAUCAAAACAAUGCAGCAGGAAAAUCAAGUAAAGGUGUACACGAGCCUCAAAUCUCGGUGCAUAACAACACUGAGCCUGAGAUAAUGGGGGAUGGCUUUCGCUGGAGAAAAUAUGGCCAGAAGGUAGUGAAAGGAAAUUCAUAUCCCAGAAGUUACUACCGUUGCACCAACCUCAAAUGUAACGUACGAAAGCAUGUAGAAAGAGCGUUGGACGAUCCUACAACCUUCAUCACGACAUAUGAGGGAAGGCAUAACCAUGAAAUGCCGGUGAAGAUGAUGAACAAUUCAUCAGCCGCUGAGCCAGAGACCUGAAGCCUUACUAUAACUGAGAAUUAGUAAAAGGUGUUAUGGGAUGCUUGUGAGCCUAAUUCCUUGAUGUGUAGCAUUAUUUAUGGCUGAUAUGUGGCAUUAUCUAUGGCUGGAUGCUCAAAUAUUCACUAUGAUGUUAGUGCAUAUAUAACAAUUCAACAAAUUAAAAUUAUCAAAGUCAUCAGAUUGCCCUUCACAUAGUGUCAGAAGGGCCAUUAUAUUACUGCAUAUGAAUUAUGGACUGAGUCAUGUAAGAUAUAUUUGCAAGUCAUUUUAUUGUAGAUACUCCUAUUUAUUUGGGUAUUA